AUUCAUAUUUUAAGCUUUUUUUUUAACAAGAAAACUGUUUUGUUAACGGUAACUGAUGCUAUCGUAAUUAAUCAAUGUUUGUUCUUAUUCUUUCUGGUUUUGCGUUAUGCCAGGAUGCUUUGUUGCAGAUAUGAUCUGCCACUUAUUACUAAAAGAUGGGAAUCAGUUAAAAUAACUCAGAGACCUAGGAAUACCGUGGUAUGCGCAGCUAAAGGUCCAAGGCCUCGAUAUCCUCGGGUAUGGAAAUCAAGGAAGAGAAUUGGGACUGUCUCAAAAUCAACUGAACUUGUUGCUUGUGUAAAGCAACUUUCAAAUGUCAAGGAGGAAGUUUACGGUGCUCUCGAUUCCUUUAUUGCGUGGGAACUAGAGUUCCCUCUAAUUAUAGUGAAGAAAGCAUUGAAGAUCCUUCAGAACGAACGAGAGUGGAAGAGAAUAAUACAGGUAACUAACUUUCAUUUCAGAUUGUUUUUCUAAUAUCUCUUUAAUUUUAUCCUUGCUUUUGGCUUUCUACAUUAAAAUGAGAUUAGUCUAGGAAAGCGCACUUUCA